UUUUCUAAUUCGCCAUUGACAAACCAAACCUCACGACAAAGAGACUCUUUUUCGUCAUAUGAUCUAUCUCCAUCUCUCUCUUUCCUUGAAGCUUUUCCCAUGGCUUCCUUCUUCUUCACCCUCUUUUCUCUCUUCUUCCUCUGCAUCCAUGUCUCUUCCGCCGCCGACACAAUCUCCGCUAACUUUACUCUCUCCGGCGACCAGACACUCGUCUCCUCCAACGACACUUUCAAGAUGGGUUUCUUCAGACCAGGUACUUCUCCAAACUUCUACAUAGGUAUGUGGUACCAGCAGCUCUCUGAACAAACAGUCGUCUGGGUUGCUAAUCGAGACAAACCAGUCUCCGACAAGAACACAUCAGUUCUCAAAAUCUCCGGCGGAAACUUAGUCCUUCUCGACGGUGAAAACCAGACCCCGGUUUGGUCAACCGGUCUAAAUUCCACAACCGGAACCUCUUCCUCUUCUCUCAAAGCGGUUUUGCUCGAUGACGGCAAUCUCGUUCUCAGAGACGACGAAUCGGGAUCUCUUCUAUGGCAAAGCUUCGAUCAUCCUGGUAACACGUGGCUUCCCGGAGUCAAAAUCCGGUUCGACAAACGAACCAAGAAGAGUCAACGGCUCACGUCGUGGAAGAAUGUUGACGACCCGUCACCAGGUUUGUUCUCUCUCGAGCUAGACGAGUCCACGGCUUACAAAAUCCUCUGGAACGGGUCGACUCAGUACUGGUCAAGUGGUCCUUGGAACCAACAGAGCAGGAUCUUCGAUUCGGUCCCAGAGAUGAGACUCAACUACAUCUACAACUUCAGCUUCUUCUCCAACGCGACAGAGUCGUACUUCACUUACUCGAUCUACAACCACGCGAACGUCUCAAGAUUCGCCAUGGACGUAUCGGGACAGAUCAAGCAGUUCACUUGGUUAGAGGCCAACAAGCAAUGGAACUUGUUCUGGUCUCAGCCUCGGCAGCAGUGCCAAGUCUACGCUUAUUGUGGCUCCUUUGGGAUCUGCAGUGACAAGUCUGAACCUUUUUGCCAAUGUCCUCAAGGGUUUAGGCCCGAGUCGCAGAAAGAUUGGGACUUGAAGGAUUACUCAGCAGGCUGCGUCAGAAAGACUGAGCUACAAUGCCCUAGUGGAGACAUUAACCAGUUUCUCCCUAUGUCAAACGUGAAAUUGCCUGACAAUAAUUCAGAGGCAUUGGGGUCAACGAGUCUCGGUUCUUGCAGAUCAGCUUGUUUAAAGAAUUGUUCUUGUAAGGCUUAUGCACAUGUUCAAAGCACGAAUCGAUGCUUGAUGUGGAGUAAAGAUGUAUUGAAUCUUCAACAACUUGAAGACGGUAACAGUGAAGGGAAUACGUUUUACCUUAGACUCUCUGCUUCCGACAUGCCAAGUGUUUCUUCCGAAACAAAGCCAUACUUCUUCAUCUUCUUCUUCCAAGACAACGAC